AUGUCGCCAGAACUUCACAAAAUCGGGAUCAUACUCGGCUCGACCCGUUCUCCCCGAGUCUGUCCCCAAAUUGGCUAUUUCAUUACUAAAGCACUCACACCACUCCUCCCAUCGAAUAUGGUAUUCUCCCUCAUCGAUCUCUCAAUCAGCCCUUUGCCACUAUUCAACGAACCCGACAUUCCUGCCAAAAUAACUUCAAGUAGCGACUACGCCCACGCUCACACACAAGCCUGGUCUGAACUCAUCUCAUCACACAGCGGAUUCAUCUUUAUCACGCCGCAAUACAACUGGGGCUAUCCAGCCUCUUUGAAGAACGCACUGGACUACCUGUACAAUGAGUGGAAAGCUAAGCCAGCUAUGAUUGUGAGUUAUGGUGGACAUGGAGGAGGAAAGGCGGCUGCUCAGUUGAGACAAGUGUUGGAGGGUGGGCUUAAAAUGAGGGUUGUAGAGAAGAUGCCUGCGUUGGCGUUUCCGAAUAAGGAGGCCACUGCGCAAGCGUUCAGGGGAGAGGAGAUGAAGCUUCCAGAUGGGGUAUGGGAGAAAGAAAGUGAGGAUGCGAGGAUAGGAUUCCAGUAUAUGUUGAAAAUGCCCGAGGGGAUAUAG